GUCUUUAUUGUCUCGGUCCGUUGUCCACCGCGGCUGCUGCUCCUACGGGCCACACAAUUGUCCUCAACGACAAUACUCAAAGCACUCUCACCUCCUUCACCCUCCUCUUACUCUUCCCCUCAAUCUUCUGCCAUCGUUCUCCCUUUCUCCCCUUUCUCCUUCUUUCAAUCUUCUUCCGUUUCUCCAUUUCUCUUUCUAUCACCGUUUCUCAUUCCUUUUUGCUUGCUUCCGUCGUACUCUCCUUACAGGCUUAGUCCGAAUCUCUUGAUUUACUUGCGAUGCUUUUCUCCGUCGCCCGGUUGCGACGCUACGCCGCUGCUGCAGCAUUUGCAUGCUUUGCGCUACCUCAACUCACCAGUGCACGCGAUGAAGUUCUAUUCACAUCUUCGGUGUCGUACUGUGCUCCACCAGAGCUUAUUCUGGUGCAGCAAUUUGACAUCAUGUAUUUCGCCGCCAACCAAUCUGUUUUCUUCAACAUUUCCGCCGCCUCCGUAGAGAACAACAUCAACGUCACUGCAAACCUCGCUCUCAACGUUUACGGCUCACACUCGAUUAAUGUCACCAUAGAUCUCUGUUCUAUCCUAAAUGGCGCUCUUUGUCCUUUACCCACGUAUAAUUUCAUCGGAAGCGAGACGAUCCCGCUUUCGAGUUUGAAUUUAGAUUUGAACAGCCAUAUACCGGGCAUUGCGUAUAAGAUUCCGGACCUCGAGGCCUUUGCUCAGUUGACGUUAAUGACGGCAGAUACACAUGAACUGAAGGCUUGUGUACAGUCCACACUUUCAAAUGGGUGGUCGAUGCGACAACUUGCUGUAGAAUGGGUUACGGGUGGGACUGCGCUUAUUGCGCUUUUAUCCGCAAUCCUAGCCACUACGCUACUCUCGCCAUCCACAUUUUCACUCGCUCCACAACGCCUUAUCGACCUCCUGUUCCUCUUCCAAAGUAUCGCUUCGAGUGCACUUCUCGAUCUCAAUUAUCCGGUCGUCUAUCGUGCAUUUGCUACCAACUUUAGCUGGGCCUUGGGUCUCUUUGGUUCGACUAACGACGCAAGUCCCAUCCAACGUGCGAUUGAUAAUAUGCGUCAUCAUACGGGCGGAGAUAUGACCGACGCGACAGGAGAUGGCGUGGAUCUCGUCAAUCGCAAGCUCAGUCCGUACAACGUCGCAAUUGCCUCUAGCCCCGAUACGAUAUUGGCAAUAAGCAAUCUGAAGAGUAAGAUUGCUUUGAACCAGCUACAUACGACCAACAACACGUCAGUAGUGUCGUCGAUGGCGAGUCUUGCGAAGAGGGAUACGACGGUUACUGUUACGAAUUCGAACGUCCUGAAUGCGGGUAUCCCGGUGUAUGUUAAUUCGUUGGGUAUUAGCACGCCGAAUGCAUUCAUGACCGUGUUUUUGACGCUGCUCAUGCUCAUCGCGAUUGCUCUGGUUGCUCUUGGACUUGGAUGGCUUAUCGUAUUUCUUGUUGUGAGGAAGAGGGAAAGGAAGGGCGUGGAACUGGGUAGGGUUGGGGAGUGGAGAGAUGGUUAUGUUGGGUUUGCGAAGAGUUGGACUUUGAGACUGACCCUUAUCGUCUUCCUCCCCAUUACGAUCUUCGCUCUUCACCAAUGGACACUCAAAGACUCCUGGCUCGCAACACUCUUCUCCGUCCUAACGCUCCUCUUCAUCCUCGCUUGCAUCAUCUAUCCAUCCUUCCUCACGAUCCGGUUCGCAAGACGUUCACACCCCGAGGCAUUAUACGGCGAACAAUACCAUCGCCGCGCCUCCUACGGCCCACUUUACGAAUACUACCGUCCUCCGCGGUGGUGGUUCUUCACACUCCCCAUCGCCAUCCUUGCUGUCCGAGCAAUUGUGAUAGCGUUCGGGUACGCUUCGGGCAUAGUCCAGCUUAUUUUUAUCCUUAUUACCGAGGUUUUCUUCCUUAUCUUCUUACUGGUCUUCCGAUCGCACUUCACGCGCGGUGCGGACGUACUCUCCAUCACCCUCUCCAUAGGUCGUAUUCUGAUUACGGCUUUGUUAUUCGUAUUUGUGGAGAGCUUUGGGAUAGACGCGAUCCCGCGAGUGGCAGUGGGCAUAGCCGCAGCUGUCGUUGCGAGCUUGUGCGUGAUUUUAAUGUUCUUCAACGUCCUCGUGAAUUUUGCAAUUUGCGCAACUUGGUUAUGGAAGGAACAUAUAGGAAGGCGGAUGGGUACGAGGCUCGGGUCGACGAUGUGGGGAAGGAUCUCACCCUCUGCUUCCGGAGGGAGUCGAGAUGGAAGUGGAAGUGCGAAGGGAUCGGUAUUGGGCGACGUCGAGAAGCGGAGCGACGAGGACUUCGCGGCGAGGCUACGCGGUGGAGCAGGUUCGGGUGGUUCGUUAGCGAACUUCGCUUCUGAUAUUGGUUUUGAACGUCCACGGAACCCGACUCCACACCAACACCUCCCACUUGAUUCAGAAUUGAACGCACCGUACCCCGCUAUUACGCCUACCACAGCCUCUUCACAUUCUCAUACCUCCCACAACUCGAAGAUGUUCCAUCAUCGAAACUCAGACUACAGAGUUUCGUACGCAAGCAGUCAAAUGCCGAGUACAGGGACAACGUUCGAGUCGUUCACUACUUCUAUCCCUCCUUCUAUCCCUCCUUCUGCUUCUUCGACAGGUACGGAAUCGACGUUAGGGACGGAGUUACCGAGAAGACCCGCGUAUGAAGGGUUAGGUCUUGAGAGAUUAGAUUACGAAACUACUGUUUCUGGAUCUUCGGAACCUUCGACGCCUUCUACAUCGCAUUCGAAUUCCCAGCAUGGACACGAGAGAGAACGAUCGCGAAGUAGGAUAGAGGGGUGGACGCCUAGUGCGGCGUUACCGCGUAUGUUAGAGGCGAACGAGAAUUAGAACGCAGGUGGCCAAUCAUUUCAGUGAAAUUGAUAUCGAUAUUUACUGUCUUGGCUUGCGCUGGCUCCUCCUGGUUUUCUUCAUGACGACCUCUACACCCAUUUUAAAGGCAUUUUCCUUCUAGUUUUGUUGCAUCAUUCAAGUCAUUUCUUUCAUCGUGCAUUGGCAUUGGCAUCAGCAUCGGCAGCAUCAUUCACACUUUUUCCCCUUUCGCAUUACAUUCACGUUAUUCAUAGUGCUGUUUAAUCAUGAUUUUCAACCGCAGUUCACUCUCCUUUCCUCCUUUCUUAUUCAGCAGUCUGGUUCUUCCUCGCGAUUCAUUAUCUCAGCAUACCAUGCAUUAGCUAAGUCUAAUCCUGCAUAACGUGCUAGAUUUCACCCCAUCCUCUGCAUCAUCUCCGUCAUUCUCAUUCUUAUUCUCGAUUUGUUUAUUACCUUUUCUUUUCGCAUUGAAUGCUAGAGUUUCCC